ACCAAGUACAAAAUCUGGAGUCGUUAUAUCAAUCCAAAUCCUAUAUUGUGGUCCGUUUUCUAGCUCGCGACGGCGAUCAUGGCGACGUUAAGGAGAUCCCUCCUCUGUCUACGCCAAACCCUAAUGCUAAGUGAUACGAGAUCUCCAGUAUCCCUCAGAUCGCAUGUUGGAUCCAUUUCUCGGUUUUAUUCGGGUCAUGGGUCGGUUGACGUUGACCUCUCCGACGAAGAGAGCAAGCGCCGGCUUCAUAACAGGUUGUUGUACAGGAGCAGGCAAAGGGGGUUCCUUGAAUUGGAUUUGGUUCUGGGGGCAUGGGUAGAGGAGAACAUUCGUGCCAUGGAUCAGCUCCAUAUCAGAGCCCUCAUGGAUGUUCUCGACCUGGAAAACCCAGAUUUGUGGAAGUGGUUAACAGGCCAAGAGCAACCUCCAGAAGCAGUCAAGAUUAAUCCUGUAUUUUGUGCCAUUCAAUCCAAGGUCAUGUCAAAUCUCAACAGUCAUGCUGCUCCAGAGACCCGAGCAAAUCCUGGUCAGCCAUGGGUAAGAGGAUGGGAUGAUAAGAAGGGAGUGGAAGGUGGUCCAACAUACGGGAACCAGUGAUGCUAGAAUCUUUUUGCCACUGCAAAUAGAUAAUGAGAUCUCUCAUAGAUGUUCCAAGUAGUAUGUAAGAUAAUGUCGCAAACACCAGGUCUAUGUUAUUAGUGAUGAAGAAUCAGCAUGUCAUGUAAUAAUCCAAAUUUCUUUCGAUAAAACAGAUAAAUUCCUUGUUUCAAGGAAUACCAGCACUAGUUCUCCA